ACGUAAGUGGGGGGAAACAGCGAGCAAAGCUACCGUCAUCCAGGUUGUAAAGUGCAACAAAAUGAAAGCUGUCAGUUAAACUUUUCCCGUUAGCUCACAGACAGGGAGAUACUUUGUUGGAUAAACCGCGAUCUUAUCAUUUUUCUGACUGGAAAGAGCAGGUUAAACUGACAGCCGUUGGGCCUGGUCGUCGUGGCCCAGCAGGACUCGAGUUGGAGCCAAACUUCUGCUUUUCCUCCAGCGGCUCUCCGCGGGGCCCGGGGCUCCUGUCACCGGCCCUGUGGAUGUGGACGUGAACACACAGAUAACCGACCGCCAGACGGUAUCAUCAGCAGCUGCAUGACGGCAUUUAUGUUGUCCUUGUGCUGUUGCAGGAGAAAGGAAUCCCUUUGAUGGGAGAAUCCUCUUUCCUGGCCUCCUGGGUCAAUCGCCGUGCCAUGAUGAUGGAUGAGCAGGAGGCGCUGAACUCGAUCAUGCAGGACUUGGCCGAACUGCACCGCUCCAGCCGUCCUGCCACGUUCCUGUCGGACCUGGGGAAACCCAAAGCUUCCUCGCCCAAGAACCAGAAUGAUGUCAGAGUAAAGUUCGAGUUUAAAGGGGAGAAGAGGAUCUUACAGUUCCCUCGACCUGUGAAGCUGGACGACCUGAGGGCGAAAGCUAAAGUGGCUUUUGGUCAGACGAUGGACCUUCACUACACCAACAACGAGUUGGUGAUUCCACUGACCACUCAGGACGACCUGGAUAAGGCCGUGGAGCUGCUGGAUCGCAGCGUUCACAUGAAGAGCCUGAAGAUCCUCCUGGUGCUCCAGUUCUCUUCUCAGAACUCUUCCUCCAAUAUGGACCUCUUGCCGACACAUGAGAAGCUGGACAACACGGGAUUCAGAGUCGCUGACAAGAAUAUGCUAGCUUUAAUAGGCCCCCAUUCGACGGACCGCAGCUCGCCUCCUCCAGGAUACAUCCCCGACGCGCUGCAGCAGGUGGCGAGGAACGGCUCCUUCACCAGCAUCAACAGCGAGGGAGAGUUCAUUCCUGAGAGCAUGGACCAGAUGCUAGAUCCUCUGUCCAUGAGCAGUCCAGAAAACUCUGCGUCGGGAAGUUGUCCGUCUUUAGACAGCCCACUGGACAGUGAUUACCCAAAGUCCAGGAUGCCCCGAGCACAGAGUUACCCAGACAACCACCAGGACUUCCCGGAGUACGACAUCCCAGUGUUUGAGAAGUCGGGGAAAGGUGGAACGUACCCUCGACGAUACGGCAUUCCCUUCAGCCUUCAGGACUACAGUGAUGGGAGGAAGACCUUCCCUCGGGCACGGCGGACGCAGGUUCACGGCUUCCGCUCGCCGGUCAGCUUCAGCCCGACCGAGCAGUCUCCCAGCACCAGCAGCGGCAGCAGUGUCUUCACUCCGGACCUCGAGGAGGCCCCGGGGCCCGCCAGGAGGCCGCGGAGGGGCAGCGACAUCGAACCCAACCUCAACCCAACCGCUCCAACCCUCUCAGUGAUGGACAUCAGCCCCCCCAGCCGCUCUCCACGCGCACCAACCAACUGGCGGCUCGGGAAGCUCCUGGGUCAGGGGGCAUUCGGGAGGGUCUUCCUCUGCUAUGACGCCGACACUGGACGGGAGCUGGCGGUCAAACAGGUCCAGUUUGACCCGGAGAGCCCGGAGACCAGCAAGGAGGUGAGCGCGCUAGAGUGUGAAAUCCAGCUCCUGAAGAAUCUGUGCCACGAGCGGAUCGUCCAGUAUUACGGCUGCCUGCGAGACACCAUGGAGAGGACGCUCUCCAUCUUCAUGGAGUACAUGCCCGGCGGCUCCAUCAAGGACCAGCUAAAGUCAUACGGAGCGCUGACGGAAAAUGUGACGCGUCGCUACACCCGGCAGAUCCUGGAGGGGGUCUCCUACCUGCACAGCAACAUGAUCGUCCACAGGGACAUCAAAGGGGCCAACAUCCUGCGAGACUCGGUGGGUAACGUGAAGCUGGGGGACUUCGGGGCCAGUCGGCGGCUGCAGACCAUCUGUCUGUCGGGAACAGGCAUCAUGUCAGUGACAGGCACCCCGUACUGGAUGAGUCCGGAGGUGAUCAGUGGAGAGGGCUACGGCAGGAAGGCGGACAUCUGGAGUGUUGGCUGCACCGUGGUGGAGAUGCUGACGCAGCGCCCUCCGUGGGCUGAGUUCGAGGCCAUGGCGGCCAUCUUUAAGAUCGCCACGCAGCCCACCAACCCGAUCCUCCCCCCCCACGUGUCGGACCACUGCAGAGAGUUCCUGAAACGCAUCUUUGUAGAGACUAAGCAGCGGCCGUCUGCCGAUGAGCUUCUGAGGCACAUCUUUGUACAUUAACUGCCAGAUGCAGCCUUACGUGAUUGGGCGUCCCUGCCUCUGACCCCGCCCUCCGCGCUGAAACCUUAUAGGACCAGGAGUCUGGAAGAAGGUGUGGGGGUGUUUAGGUACCUGCUCCUCGUGUCUCUGUUUUUAUGAGGCUGCCAUAGAGGACGUUUUGAUUUUACUUUCUCCGCAAGUUGCACCUUAAUUUCUCCGACGAGGCGGGUGGAGCCCUUCCUCCUGACGCGACGACUCUUUGGAAAACCUUUUUAUGUUUGUACGGUUUUUCUCUUCGAUGGUGUCGGGGUUGUGGACCUACAGGAAGUGAUGCCUGGCUAUCGAGUGCCCCCCUCCUCUUCAUCUCGCUGAAUGUAGUCUCCUGCCAAACCCCAAAGCGGUGCAGGGCCGCUGCUGCAGACGAAGCUAAACGAUAACGGCUUCCUCUCACCUGCACCCCCCCUGUUCUGUCUCUCUGCUUCACUGUCUGUGCUCUGCCUCCUCUUCCUCCUUCAUCUUCGCUGUGUGCCUUUUUUCUGUUUUUGACGCCGUGUAGGAGUGAGUGUUGCUUUGCCUCCCGGUUUUACUGCCUUCACACACCGUUAGCCAAAACCCAGCUGAUCUCAGUUCAGCCUAAGGUCUGUUUCUGCCUUUUUCUGUAACUGGUAGCCAAAUAUUCAGUUUGAAUAUUGAGCUGCAGCUGUGAUUCCCCAGCUGAUUGGUACUCCUGCUGCGGUUUUCUCUUCCAAUGAGCCCUCCUCUCCUCUGCUUCUCAAAGUAUUCACUGAUCACAUUGAAUGAGCUCUUCUCAUGGCAGGUCAGAGGUCAUGUUGACGCUUUGCUGCUACUCGUGCAGUCGUUUUUGCACCAUAGAUUAAUAUUUAGUUUGGAUGAUAACUGAACUAAAGAAUGAACUUCUAGAUCCUGUCCCGUCAUUCACUUUUUUAGGUGUUUGUAGGACAUUAUCUAAUGAAAAUACAGCACUUAAAUCACCUAGAGCUAAAAUACGGGCAGUUUGCACAAGUUUUAGCAUUUCAAAUGACAAAAGUACAGUUUAUUUGACUCAUUUAUUAAGCUAAAUUAACUAUCUUUUGGAUUGUCACCAUUUGAAGCCCUGAAAUCAACUAAAUUAAUUUAAAAAUCAGGUGAUCAAAACUAAGGAAGACAGUUUGUCGUUACGUAGACUGUGUAAUUCUGCGGUGAUGAAGCGCUUGAUUUUGUGAAGCAGGAAAGACUGAGGCGACUUCCUGCAAGGCGAGAAGCUCACAGCUGAUUGGCCGCAGGUCUGGCUGCAUGACGCUGUUGAUGCUUUUAUUUCAAACUAGCCGGGACAUUUCUCUCUCAAAAGCUGCUUUUAGUUUAGGUACAUGAACAGGUGUCUCCUCGUUCGCUCCACUGCUGCAAUUUAUUCAAUUUUAUUACGGUGCUAUAUGGAAGCUCUCCUCACAUGCUCUCCAGACUCACACCGUUCUUUUAAAUCUGAUGUUUAUUCAUUACUUUAAACACUCCGUUCAACUCGCUCUUGUUCUGUUGUUAAAUCUGGUCAUAGCUCUGACUCCAUUACGAUGCACCGGAUUAUAUAUUAGGAUUUAAGCACCACAUUUAAAGGUGUUGCAGAGUUUUGGGCAUAUUAAAAGGUGCAAUCAGUAUUUAAUUACAGCCACGAAUAACCACAAUAUGUCAGCACAGAAAAAUGGUUAUAUUUUUGUUAUGGGAUGUACGGUUGUGGAGGUAAAUAGCUGUCUGAUGGUACGUCGCAUUUAUGGUACUUAAUAGAAGUCUGUCUUUGGUACUCGGUAAAGAUCAUUGUUGUUUGGUACGAUAAGUAAUGUCUAAUAUUCAUUUAAUUAUUUCUAGAUAUGUGGUAUAGGUAAUUCCCCAAUAGAGUGAAUUAUGUUUGUUGUAGUUUCCUGCAGCGGCAACUACAAGUCAGUAACUACAAGUCAGUAACAAGUUUUGUUUUCACUGACCGCACCUUUUUAAAAUCAGCAGGAAAGCAGACCGUUUAUUCACGUUCCUCGACCCGCAGUGAGAUUCUAUCACCGCUCUUUAUUUCCUCUAAAGGCACUUGUUGAUCUUCUGCAGCUCUGCAGCAGAUCAAAAAAAACUCCUGUCAUUGUAUGCAUUUUAAAAACGGUACAUGUCCAAACGAAGCUACAGACGAGAUCUUGAUCUGCAAACAUCCGUGGUUGUAUUGAGUUUGAGGCGUCUGUUGUAAAGCCGCCAGCACUGGUUACCCUUGAUACGCACUUCCAUGAUGCACUAUCUUUAAAUCACUGAUGCUUUUCACGACUCCUCGUCAGCUCCGUUCAGCGACCUUUUCUUUGCACAUUUUAAAGAAUAUUUUUUAAUUUUACACAAGUGUGAUUGUGUGUGUGUGAUUGUGAUUGUGUGUGUGUGUGUGUGUGUGUGUGUGUGUGUGUGUGUGUGUGUGUGUGUGUUGCAAAGACUCAAAACAUGAAUGUAAUGUGUUUUUAUUUUAUUUUAACCGCCAGAUGGCCUCGUUCACCACUGUGGAUUAUCUCCUCGGUACCAGUAUUUGUCACCUGCAAAGACACACCUGUAGUUCUCUUUAGUGUGUAAAACCACUGCUACCACUCCUGUGUGUGUGUGUGUGUGUGUGUGUGUGUGUGUGUGUGUGUGUGUGUGUGUGUGUGUGUGUGUGUGUGUGUGUGUGUGUGUGUGUGUGUGUGUGUGUGUGUGUGUGUGUGUGUGUGUGUGUGUGUGUGUGUGUGUGUGUGUGUGUGUGUGUGUGUGUGUGUGUGUGUGUGUGUGUGUGUGUGUGUGUGUGUGUGUGUGUGUGUGUGUGUGUGUGUGUGUGUGUGUGCAUUUACUGCAAUUUGUGCUCCCUGGACACUGCGCCCGAAAUGCCUUGAGCAUUCAGACUGUAGGAGGUGAGAAUAUUAAAAUAAUGAUGAGAAAAAAACAUAAUCAUGUACAAAUGUAAAAAAUAAAAAUGUACCUUUUUAAAAAGAAAAGUCCACUUAUAUCCCACAUGUUUGUUCUGUCUAAUGUAAAAUAAGCCAUGUUUAUAAUUCUAAUUGGUUUGUGACCAAUACGCCUGUUUAUAUCAGAUCUGUAUAUCAGUGGUACGCAUAAUUUUUUAAUAUAUAUUUUUUAUUUUACUUUUUUUUAAAUGGGAGAUUUUAUGCAUGGUUGGGUCCUGAGAGACGCAGCGGUGCCGUUAAAUGGUUGCUGUUUUUAGGCAAAAUUCUGGAGUAUUGCGACAGCUCUGUGUUCAUAAUUACGGCAAUUAUGACGAUGAAAACCAAUAAAAAGAUAUUUAUUUCA